GACAACUUCCGUUUCCUGUUGGCUCCGGCUGGAGGGGUGAAUAUUGAAUGUCCUGAGAGGUCAGAUUGCCGUCAGACAUGGCCCAUGGACAUGAACAUGGACAUGGCCAUGGCCAUGGUAAAAUGGAACUUCCAGACUAUAAACAAUGGAAGAUAGAAGGAACACCUUUAGAAAUUGUCCAGGAGAAGCUGGCUGCACAAGGACUAAGGGAUCCAUGGGGCCGCAAUGAAGCUUGGAGAUUCAUGGGUGGCUUUGCAAACAAUGUUUCCUUUGUUGGUGCAUUAUUAAAAGGAUUCAAAUGGGGAUUUGCUGCAUUUGUGGUAGCUGUGGGAGCUGAAUAUUACCUGGAGUCCCAGAAUAAAGAAAAUCACCACAAAUAAAACAGAAGUAACUUAGUGGCUUCUUAAUGCAUAAAAACAAGAUUUCUUAACUGUAGCCUACUGAUGUGUGUUAGUCCCUUAAAGAAUACUAGUAAGAUUUAAUAAAGUAAGAAAAGGAGCCAGUUGGUUUUUGUCUUUCUUUUCUU